AUGCUGCAGGAGAGGGGCGUGGGGCCCUUCGACAAGUACGAGGCGUGGCUGCCGAAGCUGCUGGGGGACAGGCGCUUCAAGGCCGUGCCCCUCCCGGACAGGAAGAGGCUCUUCUCGCAGGAGCAGAAGCAGCUGGGGCAGCACCAGCGCGAGGAGCUGGUGGCGGCGCGGCGGCAGCGGUGCGGCGACUUCGCGGCCCUGCUCGCUGGGGCCGAGGCGACGGCGCUGCUCGCCGCCGCCGCCUCUGCGGACGAGUGGCUCCGGGCCCUGGCCGACAGCGGGCUCGGCGCAGACGAGCGCUGGGAGCCCGUCCCGCCCGACGACCGCGAGAAGAUGGUGCGCAUGGCUUUCGAGGCCCAUCAGAGGAGGUCCAGCGAGGCGGCGGCGCUGGCCUGCCAGGCCUUCCAGGCCCUGCUCGAGGAGGCCGUGCUCGGGGCCGGCGGCGGCGUGGCCGAGCCGCCGCCCUUCGGCGAGGUGCGCCGCCUCCUCCGCGCCGAGCCCCGCUGGAAGGCCGUCGGGUGCGCCGAGAAGCGCCAGAGCCUCUACGCCGCGGCCGCGGCGGACGCGGCCCGGCGGUGGCUGCGGAAGAGGCGCCAGGAGGCCCAGGAUCGACGUACGUGA